UUGUAAUGGUCGUAUGGGAUGAUGUAACCACUACACCUCAUAUAAACAUGGAGAUCAUUAGAAAUCGAAUGAAUAUAAGUUCUACCGACAAUGAAGAGGAUCUGACACAGGAGGAUGAUGAUGAUAACUCAAAUUCCAAUUUAAUAGACGACGAGCAAUUACAAGAACUCCGGGAAUGGGUGGCGCAAAAAUGGCGUCAGUAUUUUUCGAUGGGAAAUCAAACUACUUCUCAAUAAAUGAAUGUGGACAACUAACAAUGGAGAC